GUCAUUAUCGACAUUCCCUAUGCUUCUUCACCUCAAGGCAUCAAAUACUUCACAAUCAUCGGUCCUCAUAUCGAUUGCAUGGAGGAGAAAUACCUGAGCGCUCUAUCCGGGCAGGAUCGCAAGACAACAUGCUGUUGGUGUUGUAGACGAGGGGCUUUGGCACUUAGAGUGGUACUGGAACGAACUGCCUAUGUAUGUGGAGAGAAUAUACGAGUUAGAGCACAGGUUGAAAAUCGGCAAUCAACACCACAAGCGAUUUUAAUGAAACUAAUCCAGCAUGUUGAAUUCUUCAUUGACAAGGGUGUCCUAGGGGAGAGCAAGUCUGUCACUUGCCUUGUUUUCGAGCACAAAUCACCUCUUAUCGCUCCUAAUUCACAAGGGAAGUAUGACUCGACGCUGGAGCAGCCAAUACGUUUGCCAGUAGUCCCUCCGACAUUAAUUGGUGUCUGUCGCCUUAUUCAAAUUUAUUAUAUCCUUCGGAUAUGUCUUGUUGAUGAGAAAGGGAACGAAUGCCUUCAUCUCGAAUUUCCACUGACAGUUGCUACCGUACCCUAUCGAAUACCAAACGCUGCGCAACCUCCUAUCGAUUACGAUUUCUGUGCUAAUCAUGUGGAAGGCGGCAAGUAUGUGUCCCCAGAAUUCAGACUAGGGCAAGUGUACGAUGGAGAAAUUGAGGAAGGCAGAGAGGAAGAGGUUGGUUUUCUAAAGCACCGGUAUCUGAUCUUGUCCGUUGCGCAAAUUUCCCCUUCAGCUUACUAA